GCUCUGCAACUCACCAACAGAAACUGAGGAGGAAAAGAUAGCACCAAAAAAUGCAGAGACCAAUAGGGAAUAAUUCGAUUAUACCGUCUGCUUUAUUCUUCCUUAUAGUUGGUGCGUCGUGGAUUUCCGUGCAAGGUCAGUCGUUGCCGCCGGCUAGAUAUGAUGGGUUCACGUACACAAAUCAUCGAGUUGACGCGGACACCAUCAUGAUCGAGGCGUUCUUCAAUCCCCUCUGCCCCGACAGUAGAGAUUCAUGGCCACCGCUCAAACAGGCCCUUAAGCACUAUGGCUCUCGCCUUUCGCUUGUCAUUCACCUUCUCCCUUUACCUUACCACGACAAUGCAUUUGCUGCUUCUCGGGCUUUGCACAUUGUAAAUAUGGUGAAUAAGGAUGCUACCUUCCAAUUGUUGGAGUGGUUCUUCCAGAAUCAGAAAAGGUUCUAUAAUGCCCAAACACUUAACAUGUCAAGAGUAGCUGUUGUGGAUGAAAUUGUAAAGUCUGCGACACAGGCACUUGGGAACUCUUUCUAUCAUGUGCUUGAAUCUGGCUUCAAUGACAGAAAAACUGAUCAGAAGACUCGGAUAUCCUUUAAGUAUAGUACAUCAAAAGGGGUGUUUGGGACACCAUUUUUCUAUGUCAAUGGAUUCCUAUUGCCUGAUGUUGGCUCCCCUUUAGACUAUUCUGGAUGGAAAAGGUUGAUCGAUUCAUUACUUCGAGCACAAGGUCUCAAGACUGAAGAACCAAUGCAUUAUCUCCUGUGAUGUAUGAGCUUUACUGGAUAAUAUUACACUACAUAUUUGAUGCAUGUGAUUAAUGGACAGAAUAAAUCACCUCUAUGUUCUGUUCUUGGUACAUAUUUGGUAAUUUAAAGUUUAUAUGUGUUCUUGUGUUCUC